CACUCUCUCUCUCUCAAAAAAAAUAAUAAUAAUAAUAAUCUCUCAACUUUCUUCAAUUUAUCCUUGUGUAUUUGAGUUUCAAUUAUUUUACCUGAGCUUGGUUGCUGGGUUGCCCAAGCAUCGCGCGGUUUGUUGCCAAGAAAUUGAAGGUUUUGUUCUUGGGAUCCAAUUUUUGGGCGUGUUUCUCUGAAUUGAGUAUCCUAUUUGGCGCGUCAAUGUUGGUUAUAUGACAUUAUUUUUCUGCCGUGAAUAGCGUCUUCCGAAAGAUCCAUCACCAAACAACUAGAGAAAGGAGGCUCCCGCUGAUUGCUGAACACAGUCACUUAAGGAUUGUCUGUAGACAUAUCAAAUAUGUAUCAUCCCACUAGAGGCGGUGUUCGUGGUGGUCGAGAUCAAUUUAGUUGGGAUGAUGUGAAGGUUGAUAAACAUCGAGAAAAUUAUCUUGGUCACAGUAUCAAGGCACCUGUUGGAAGAUGGCAAAAAGGUAAAGAUCUACACUGGUAUACGAAAGACAAAAAAACUCAGAAUGCAGAAAUGGAGGCUGCAAAAGAGGAGAUUAAAAGAAUUAAGGACGAGGAGGAGCAGGCUAUGAGGGAGGCUCUUGGCUUAGCUCCUAAGCGUGCAAGCCGAGGUCAAGGUAAUCGGCUUGAUAAGCAUGAGUUUUCAGAACUUGUGAAGCGAGGCUCUACUGCAGAGGAUUUAGGUGAAGGGCACGCUGAAGCAGCACGUGUACAUGGUCUUGGUUUUUCAAGAGCACCUUGCCCUUGGGAUGAGUCAAGUUCCCUUCCAUCUACAGUCAAGGACGCUCCACCUGAAAUGGGAAACAUGACUGUGCCUGAUUCACCACCAAAAGAAAAAAAUAAAGAGGAAUUAGAUGAUGAAAGCAGUCGAAAGAAAAGGAGGCGUGAAGAGAGAAAGCAGGAGAAGCAUGAGAGGCGUGAAAAGCGCGAAAAGCAUGGAAAACAGCAUUCCUCAGAUGAGAGAAGGAAACACAAGAAACACAAGGAGAAGAGGAGACAUGAUUCAGACUCUGAAUAAUAUUUCAAGGUUUUGUGAAAUAUUGUCACAACUUUCAAUGGAGAUUAGUAAGUUCUUUGUAAAUCAUACAUGAACUAUCCACUGUAUUUUUCUGUGCUAAUUGACCGGAAAUUCAUAGUUGGUUUUAGAUUUUCUGUUGGCAGAUGGUAACCUUGGGUUUAGUUUGGACCCUCUUAUUCUGAAAAAUAACUGGAAUAAAUUAUUAUAUUUGCUGUUGGUAUUAGUUUAAA